UCCUGGGGCCAGCGGGCGUGCGGGGGUCUGUGGCCCUCGCCGUCGCAGUGGCCGCCGCCGUCGCUUGGUCGCCGUCGGUCUGCGGGAGGCGGGUUAUGGCGGCGGCGGUCGUGGGAGCUGUGAAUGAAUUCUCCGGGUGGACGAGGGAAGAAGAAAGGCUCCAGCGGCCCCAGCAGCCCGGUGCCUCCCAGGCCUCCGCCCCCCUGCGUGGCGCCCGCCCCGCCCGCCGCCGGGCCGGCCCCUCCGCCCAAGUCGCCGCAUAAGCGAAACCUGUACUACUUCUCGUACCCGCUGUUCGUCGGCUUCGCGCUGCUGCGUUUGGUCGCCUUCCACCUGGGGCUCCUCUUCGUGUGGCUCUGCCAGCGCUUCUCCCGCUCCCUAAUGGCCGCCAAGAGGAGCUCCCAGGAUGCCCCGGCGUCGGCCUCAGCCUCGCCCCCGGCGCCGGUGCCCGGCGGCGAGGCCGAGCGCGUCCGAGCCUUCCACAAACAGGCCUUCGAGUACAUCUCCAUUGCCCUGCGCAUCGAUGAGGACGAGAAAGUAGGACAGAAGGAGCAAGCUGUGGAAUGGUAUAAGAAAGGUAUUGAAGAACUAGAGAAAGGAAUAGCUGUCAUAGUUACAGGACAAGGUGAACAGUGUGAAAGAGCUAGACGCCUUCAGGCUAAAAUGAUGACUAAUUUGGUUAUGGCCAAGGACCGUUUACAGCUUCUAGAGAAGCUGCAACCAGUUUUGCAAUUUUCCAAGUCACAAAUGGACGUCUAUAAUGACAGUACUAACUUGACAUGCCGCAACGGACAUCUUCAGUCAGAAAGUGGAGCUGUUCCAAAAAGAAAAGAUCCCUUAACACACACUAGUAAUUCACUGCCUCGUCCAAAAGCAAUUAUGAAAACUGCACCAGUAGGUCUUGGAAGCUACUCCAAAGCACCAAGUUGCAGUGGUUUAUCCAUGGUUUCUGGAGUGAGGCAGGGGCCUGGUUCUGCGACUGCCACUCAUAAGGGUACUCCAAAAACAAAUAGAACAAAUAAACCUUCUACCCCUACAACUGCUGUUCGUAAAAAGAAAGACUUGAAGAAUUUUAGGAAUGUGGAUAGCAACCUUGCUAAUCUCAUAAUGAACGAAAUUGUGGACAAUGGAACAGCUGUUAAAUUUGAUGAUAUAGCUGGUCAAGAGUUGGCAAAACAAGCAUUGCAAGAAAUUGUUAUUCUUCCUUCUCUGAGGCCUGAGUUGUUCACAGGACUUAGGGCUCCUGCUAGAGGAUUGUUACUCUUUGGUCCACCUGGAAAUGGGAAGACAAUGCUGGCUAAAGCAGUAGCUGCAGAAUCUAACGCAACCUUCUUUAAUAUAAGUGCUGCAAGUUUAACUUCAAAAUAUGUGGGAGAAGGAGAAAAAUUGGUGAGAGCACUUUUUGCUGUGGCUCGAGAACUUCAACCUUCUAUAAUUUUUAUAGAUGAAGUUGAUAGCCUUUUGUGUGAAAGAAGAGAAGGGGAGCACGAUGCUAGUAGACGACUAAAAACUGAAUUUCUAAUAGAAUUUGAUGGUGUACAAUCUGCUGGAGAUGACAGAGUACUUGUAAUGGGUGCAACUAACAGGCCACAAGAGCUUGAUGAGGCUGUUCUCAGGCGUUUCAUCAAACGGGUAUAUGUGUCUUUACCAAAUGAGGAGACAAGAUUACUUUUACUUAAAAAUCUGUUGUGUAAACAAGGAAGCCCAUUGACCCAAAAAGAACUAGCACAACUUGCUAGAAUGACUGAUGGAUACUCAGGAAGUGAUCUAACAGCUUUGGCAAAAGAUGCGGCACUGGGUCCUAUCCGAGAACUGAAACCAGAACAGGUGAAGAAUAUGUCUGCCAGUGAGAUGAGAAAUAUCCGAUUAUCUGACUUCACUGAAUCCUUGAAAAAGAUAAAACGCAGCGUGAGCCCUCAAACCUUAGAAGCGUACAUCCGUUGGAACAAGGACUUUGGAGAUACCACCGUUUGAGGAAAUACCUUUGUAAGCCUGCAGAACAUUUUACUUUAACAAGAGAGAAACAUAUGAUCUUCAGUGUAUAGUUACAGCUACAGAAACUCAGCCUAAGUUUACAGGACUUUUCAGAGUCUUACAGUUAUUUGUAUGAAACUUGAAGAUGAACCAGAAAACAAAUUUAAAUAAAAGAUACAAUGCAAAUGGACUAUUUUGUUGUUUAAGGCCUUCUUGCCUUGAUGGUCAUAGUUAUCCCUCUGGGCACUGUAAGUUAGAGCACAGCAAAAACUGAUUCUGGUCUUUACCAAUAUAAUCAAAUGUAAAUAAUAAUUUGUAUAUUGUGUUGCAGAUAAAAGUAUUCGAGAAAGAGCGAAUGGUAGAAGACAAAAGAGCCUUUGGUUGCUUGUCUUCUGACAUCACUUCUUAAAAUAGUAAUUUUUCCUGUUUUCAUUUCUUACUGUUGUCUUAACUACGAGUGAUUGGAAUGCCAAGCACUGUUAAGUUUCUUUUUUUUCUUUUCUUUUUACAAAUCCAUUGUGCCAAAUGAAACUUUUUUUCUAAGUUACAGUAAUAGAAAAAAGUUAUUUUGAGGGCUUUUUUCUUCUUAAAUCUACAGACAUUAAAUAAUUGUGUUCUUUUCACUUUUUUUUUUAUUAUUACCUUGCUACCAAACAGUUUAGAAAGGAAUAUAGUAACAACAAAGCAAAUCUGGCAAAAUGGGAAAGGUUUGAAGGUUUGAGUUAACUCUGUCAUAUAACAUGUAGAUCUGUCCUCAUGUGACCUGCAGUGUUUUUUGGGUUUUUUUUUUCCCAAAUAUAUUUGUCAAAAAUCUAUUAUAGACUUGUUAACUUAUUCCUGAUGGAAUUUAUAUUCUGCUAGAAUUAGUCUAAUAUUUAAGAGAGCCAAUUUUAACUGCUAUAAAAAUGGUUCCAGUGCAAGAGAAGAGAAAUACUGGGAGCUGAGACAUUUCUAAUUUAUUGCUUAUUACUUUCUUACUGUUUACAGGAAAUUUAUAAGCCAGUGGAACUACCAUCUUUUAUUCUUAAUAAUUAUUAAUCCCUUCAAUGAAACCUUAAAAAAAAACUGAAUUUUUAUACAUUGCUUACAUUUUAUAGGGUUCUUGUGCUUACUUUAUUAACUAAAAAGUUCUAGUCUGUUGAUCUGCCUUUUGUUCCCCCAAAAUGUACAGUAAUUCUGUUUCUUGUUUGUAUAAAUAUGCCUGGAUUUUUAUUAUAAAAAUGUCAUUGUAGGAAGUAGAGACUCAUAUAAUGGCCUUUUAAAUAUUGUAAUAAAGGCAAAUGGAUAUUUGCCCUUAGUUUACUGGUUAAAAACUUGUUUACAGAAUUUUUCUUUGGUGCUUAAAUGAUGUUAUGUAAAAUGUCAUGGGUGGAAAGGAUAAUUUUGUAGUAAUAGAGAUUUUCAUUUAGGAAAUGUGUCUUUAGUUUUGAGACAAUAAAUUAAAAUAUAAAACUUGC